UGGGAGGAGGGGCUAAGGAUUUCAGACAGUGAGUGUAAAAGCUGCUCGGCGCUCCCGCUCGGCAGAGAGCGCCGGGGACGGAGCGAGCGCGCAGGAGUCCUGGCCCGUGGUCGUGCAGUCCAGGUGGCUGGAUGGCAUGCUGGACCCAAGCUCAGCUCAGCGUCCGGGCCCAAUAACGGCUUUUCCAAGGAAGCAGCUUUCCGUCCUGGCCACACUGAGGUGCAUAGCGUGAUGUCCAUGUUGUUCUACACUCUGAUCACAGCUCUUCUGAUCGGCAUCCAGGCAGAACCACAGGCAGAGAGCGAUGUCCCAGCAGGGCACCCCGUCCCCCAAGCCCACUGGACGAACCUGCAGCAUUCCCUCGACACAGCCCUCCGCCGAGCCCGCAGCGCCCCGGCCCGGGCGAUAGCCGCCAGGGUGGCCGGGCAGACCUGCAACAUCACUGUGGACCCCAAGCUUUUUAAGAAGCGGCGACUGCGCUCACCCCGCGUGCUGUUCAGCACGCAGCCCCCGCCUGUGGCCGCGGACACCCAGCCGCUGGACCUGGAGGCCGGUGGUGCGGCCUCCUUCAACAGGACUCACAGGAGCAAGCGCUCCGCGUCCCACCCCAUCUUCCACAGGGGCGAGUUCUCGGUGUGCGACAGCAUCAGCGUGUGGGUGGGGGACAAGACCACGGCCACGGACAUCAAGGGCAAGGAGGUGAUGGUGUUGGGAGAGGUGAACAUCAACAACAGCGUGUUCAAACAGUACUUUUUCGAGACCAAGUGCCGGGACCCCACUCCCGUGGACAGCGGGUGCCGGGGCAUUGACGCCAAGCACUGGAACUCGUACUGCACCACGACGCACACCUUCGUCAAGGCACUGACCAUGGACGACAAGCAGGCUGCCUGGCGGUUCAUCCGGAUAGACACGGCCUGCGUGUGUGUGCUCAGCAGGAAGGCUGGGAGGAGAGCCUGACCCUCACCAGCCCCGCCCCAGCUCCCUCCACUCUCUCCUGGGCCCCUCCCUACCUCAACCUGUAAAUUAUUUUAAAUUAUAAGGACUGCAUGGUAAUUUAUAGUUUAUACAGUUUUAAAGAAAUAUCAUUAUUUAUUAAAUUUUUGGAAGCA